CAGCUCUAAAGUCACCAUGAUCCGUGCCUGCGUCCUCUUGGCUCUUGCCACCAGCGCUCUCGCUGGAUAUGCCGGCUACGGUCUCAGUUACGCCGGUCUCGGAUACGCUGGUCUUGGAUACGGCGGUCUUGGAUACGGCUAUGGUCUCGGCCACGCCUAUGGUGGCCUUGGAUAUGGUUACGGUUUCGGCUACGCCGGCUAUGCUCCAGCUGUGCACACCGUCGCCCACGCUGCUCCAGCUGUCACUACCGUUGCCCACGCCCCAGUCGCCACCUAUGCCGUUGCUCCAGCCGUGACCAGGGUUGCCGCCUACCACGCCGCCCCUGCUGUUGCCACUUAUGCCGCUGCUCCAGCUGUAGCCACAUACGCUGCUGCUCCAGCCGUGACCAAGGUCGCUACCACCUACCACGACCCAGCUGUCACCACCGUGGCUCACGCUCCAGUCGCCGCUUACGCUGCUGCUCCGGCCGUGGCUACCUACGCCGCUGCCCCAGCUGUCACUGCCGUCCACCACACCCCAGCUGUAGCCACUGUCGCCCAUGCUGCCCCAGUUGUUGCCGGUUACCACGCAGCCCCAGUCUACAACUACGGUGUUGGCACCCUUGGCUACGGUGUUGGCCACUACGGUUACGGUCACGGUCUGCUCGGCUAUGGCCUGAACUACGGCUAUGGUCUUGGCUCUCCCUACCACUACGGUGCACUUCUUCGCAAGAAGAAGUGUGGCACAACACUGCGUGCCACUUGGAGGAAGAAUUUCUCGUAUAAAAGAGCGCGCGACUUCAGUACUUUCAGCAGUUGGCUCUACAGCAGCUCUAAAGUCACCAUGAUCCGCGCCUGCGUCCUCUUGGCUCUUGCCACCAGCGCUUUCGCUGACUACACCGGCUACGGCUUGGGCUAUGGUGGUCUUGGCUAUGGUCUCGGCCACGCGUACGGUGGUCUUGGAUACGGCUACGGUCUGGGCUACGCCAGCUACGCUCCAGCUGUGCACACCGUCGCCCACGCUGCUCCAGCUGUAACUACCGUUGCCCACGCCCCAGUCUCUACCUAUGCCGCUGCUCCAGCCGUGACCAGGGUUGCCGCCUACCACGCCGCCCCGGCUGUUGCCACUUAUGCUGCUGCUCCAGCUGUCGCCACCUACGCUGCUGCUCCAGCCGUGACCAGGGUUGCCGCCUACCACGCCGCCCCGGCUGUUGCCACUUAUGCCGCUGCUCCAGCUGUCGCCACCUACGCUGCUGCUCCAGCCGUGACCAGGGUUGCCGCCUACCACACCGCCCCGGCUGUUGCCACUUAUGCUGCUGCUCCAGCUGUCGCCACCUACGCUGCUGCUCCAGCCAUGACCAAGGGAGCCACCACCUACCACGCCCCAGCUGUCGCCACCGUGGCGCACGCUCCAGUCGCGACCUACGCCGCUGCUCCAGCCGUGGCCACCUACGCCGCCGCCCCAGCUGUCACUGCCGUCCAACACGCCCCAGCUGUCGCCACUGUCGCCCAUGCUGCCCCAGUUGUUGCCGGCUACCACGCCGCCCCAGUCUACAACUACGGUGUUGGUACCCUUGGCUACGGUGUUGGCCACUACGGUUACGGUCACGGUCUGCUCGGCUAUGGCCUGAACUACGGCUACGGCCUUGGCUCUCCCUACCACUACGGUGCCCUUCUCCGCAAGAAGAAGUGAACCAUUCAUCUGUAACUUAUUUGGAAACGAAAAGUUGUGAUCAUCUCCCUCAAUCUUGCGCCGUGUUCGACUAUGAACGCAAUGAAAUAAUAAAGUUGUUCAUCGCAGCAGUGCAA